GGCGAGAGCUCAUUAGUUGCUCGACCCUGGAGGACGAAGGAAAGUUAGUGAAGGUUGACCACGCUCUAGAAGUAGUGCAGCUUCAGGUUUGGGAAAGCAGUUUGGGAGAACCGUUUUCAACUACUCCUUCAUCCUAUACUAAAUACUGAGGAAAACUAAGCGGAGAAAGGACGUGUAAGGAGCGUCCGGGGCGUGGGGGGGAGGCAAACACUGGCCUGAGCCUGGUCCUUGGAAAUCAACUGACAACAGGAAGGAAGUUUAUUAACCCCUCCGCUCCCCCUCCUUUUUCCCGGGGUGAGAAUCGGCUCCUCCUCCUCCUCCUCCCAGUCUUGCGACCCCGGUGUAAAAUGCAACCAGCCGCCUGCUCUCGGCACCCCGCGCGUGGUUCCCAGCAGAGGAAGAGGCAGGAGCGGAGGGUGCCGCCCAAAGCCGAGUGGAACGAGUCCAUCCGACCGGCGUGAACAUCCCAGGCGAGACAGCCUGCACCCCGCGACAUACGCUCCGGCGGGGUACCUUACGCGAACCGUUUCUCAGCCGCUCUGCAGAAUUGGUACUCGGCACAACUCCUAGCCUGAUCCCCUAGCCCCACUGUGCCCCCAACCCCGGUGUUUAAGGCAGGUGGUGCAAACGCCCCCGCCCUCGGGCGCCUCCUGCCGGGGAGAGGGAAGGCGGCGGGCGCUGAGCAGUCGGGCGCAGGGCGGGGAGAGAACUCCGGGGCCGGGAAGAAGCCGGGAGCUUCCCUGAUGGUGCCGCCGCCUCCGAGCCGGGGAGGAGCGGCGAAGGGGCAGCUAGGCAAGAGCCUGGGUCCGCUGCUGCUGCUCCUAGCUCUAGGACACACGUGGAGUUACCGAGAGGAGCCCGAGGACGGCGACAGAGAAAUCUGCUCGGAGAAUAAAAUCGCCACGACCAGAUACCCAUGUCUGAAGCCUUCAGGCGAGCUCACCACGUGCUUCAGGAAGAAGUGCUGCAAAGGGUAUAAAUUUGUCCUUGGACAGUGCAUCCCAGAAGACUAUGAUGUGUGUGCUGAGGCUCCCUGUGAACAGCAGUGCACAGAUAACUUUGGCCGCGUGCUGUGUACAUGUUACCCAGGAUACCGCUAUGACCGGGAGAGACACCGGAAGCGGGAGAAGCCCUACUGCCUGGACAUUGACGAGUGUGCCACUAGCAAUGAGACCCUGUGUGCACACAUCUGCAUCAACACCUUGGGCAGCUACCGCUGUGAGUGCCGGGAAGGCUACGUCCAGGAGGAUGAUGGGAGGACGUGCACCAAGGGGGACAAGUACCCCAAUGACACUGCCUCCCAAACAGACCGGAACCCAUCUCCUCUCUCAGGGCGGGACGAGAAGGCGGAGAAUGCGGUGAGAGCUGGCACCUGCUGUGCCACCUGUAAGGAGCUGCACCAGAUGAAGCAGACGGUGCUGCAGCUGAAGCAGAAGAUUGCCCUGCUCCCCAACAGCGCUGCCAACCUAGGCAAGUACAUCACUGGCGACAAGGUGCUGGCCUCAAACGCCUACCUUCCAGGACCUCCUGGCCUGCCUGGUGGCCAGGGCCCUCCUGGCUCACCAGGACCAAAGGGGAGUCCAGGCUUCCCGGGUAUCCCAGGACCCCCGGGGCAGCCCGGCCCCCGGGGCUCAAUGGGACCCAUGGGACCGUCUCCUGAUCUGUCCCACAUUAAGCAAGGCCGGAGGGGCCCUGUGGGCCCACCAGGUGCCCCAGGAAGAGACGGUUCUAAGGGGGAAAGAGGAGCACCUGGCCCCAGAGGGUCUCCAGGACCCCCCGGCUCUUUUGACUUCCUCCUGCUCAUGCUCGCGGACAUCCGCAAUGACAUCACCGAGCUGCAGGAAAAGGUGUUCGGGCACCGGACUCACUCUUCCACAGAGGAGUUCCCUUUACCUCAGGAAUUUUCCAGCUACCCAGAGACCUCAGACUUGGGCUCUGGAGACGACGACCCAAAAAGAACGGAGAGGAGGGACUCGGGAGCCUCCAGAGACUUUUAUCCUUAGCACAGCCUUGACAUCUUCUCACCCAAGAAACGGAAGAGUGUUUCCUUCUGCGGUUAAAUCACCCGAAGAACAAAACAAAACAAAACACGGCUGGUGGCCCAGAAGAGAUCAAUUUUUAUUUUCUUCUUUCUUUUCCUGCCUUCUCCCUGCUUCUUUUCUUCCAAAUACUAUUUUCAGAGUCCCCUGCUAGACAUGCUGAAGACAUGAGGGAGUAAAUGGUUGACUUACACGCUUCCUACUGAGCAUCUACGGUGGAACUUUUCUUUGACUUUCUUAUUUUUCAGCGACUUCUGAUUUCUGAAUUGGGUACCCUCAGAGUGUCUUAAAAUUUGGCAGACUAUCAGAAACGGGAAGAGGGCAAGGUGAGUUCUAAGAAAAUGUGAGUUUACUUAUUUAAAAAAUAGAUGUGUCCAGAAUAGACUAUUAGCCCUCAGUAUCAAAAUUAACCCUUUUCAGUGAAAAGGGGAGACAACAAUGUAUAUUUACCUUGGUGGAUAACUCUUAUUCCUUGUCAAUCUAAUAGAUUUAAAACAUUCUAUUCUCUUAUCAAACUUUCUUUCCUAAUUUUGGUUAAAGAAAGGUGAGGAGGGGAGGGCAUAUUAGAGCCGAUGGAGAAAAUUAUAUUGACUGUCCCAUAGGUUGCCACAUAUUAACAUUCAGAUGUGACUGUGAAGGGUUCAUGCCAUGCUCAGUUAUAACUAUCCUAUUCAGAGAAGAAAGUUAUUCUAGCUGUAAGAAUACAUCCUCUUUUCAAAACAGAGCAAAUGAAUGCAUUGCCCUGGUUCACAUUAGAACACUGGGCUCCUGGUCCUCUAGGACACUGUAAAGCUAUUUGAAUGAGUGGGCUUGCUUAGUAAAUCACCGAUUAUUUGUUAAGUGAAAGUAACCGACCCUUAGGCAGAGGUACCAAAUUCCCUGGCUGUGACUGGGUGCCCACAAGGUGCUCAUAGGCCAUGAUCCAGGUUGAAUCAGUGUACUGUGGAGCUCGGGGCUGGCAGGAGGUUGCUGGCUUGGGUUGUUGGCCGUGGGGCAAGUGAACCUUAAGCCGGGACCCCAAUGAGCCUUCAGCAGAUUUACUGUCGGUAGGAAUUAGAAGUCCAUGUUGGGGGCCAGCCAACCUUGCCAACAUUGAGAAUAAUAUAGAAUUGAAAGAUUGCUUGGAUUGGGAGGGAGAAAACAACAGUUUUUCCUCAUUUUGCAGAAAUUUCCUUCCCAUUCUUCUCAUUUUUCGUAAUUUUCCAUAAUUUAGUCCAAGUUCCAGUUCUUGCAAUAAUUUUCCUGGUUUUGCCAGAAAUUUCCUUCCCAUCUUCCCAUUUUUCCUCAAUUUUCCAUAGUUUAGUCCCAGUUCCAAUUUUUUGUUUUGUUUUGGGGGGUUUUUUUAUUUUUAUUUAUUUUAUUGCUUUUUAGGGCCAUGCCUGAAGCUUAUGGAAGUUCCCAGGCUAGGAGUCAACUUGGAGCUGCAGCUGCCGGACUAUACCAUAGCCACAGCACAGGAUCCAGGCCUAUACCACAGCUCACAGCAACACUGGAUCCUUAACCCACGGAGUGGGACCAGGGACCAAACCUGCAUCCUCAUGGAUGCCAGUUGGAUUCAUAACCACUGAGCCACAAAAGGAACUCCCCAGUUCCAAUUUUUGCAACAGUUUUCCUCAUUUACCGGAAUUUUCCUUCCAUUUCUCCUUAAUUUUCCAUUAUUUGGUCAAAGUUCCAGUUCUUGCAUGUCUCCUGAUUUCCCUUCUUCAGCCAACAUGGGAAGCAGUUGGGAAAGAAGGAGAUUCCCAAACCUCCCUGGAGUCCGUGUUUGCUCUUAGAUCUCUGGCCCCGGAGGGAUGCAUAUUCCAUAAAAGGCUUUUUCUAGAUUCACAGAUGCAGGAGCAGGAGUGCUCAAGGGACCAGAGGGGCCAUCUGCACCUUUGUAAUAUUGUUGGGGAACCUCUUGAUUUGAACAGAUAGUUUACAGACUCCUUGAGGUCCUCUUUGUCGUUUGACACCCAGAAUGCCGUUUCACUACCUGUUCAGGAGACCUUCGCCCUUCUAUUGACUUUCAUCAAGAACCAUUGUCACACCUCCUUUUUGCUCAUGAUGGGCUUCCCAUUUCCUAUCCUGCAGUGCCCCCCUACAUUUUUAGGUGGUUUGUGUUUUUUCAUCUUUUUUUUAGCUUACAUCAUUUUACUCUCCUGGGAAACCUUGUUUAAAGAGAACCACUGUGGGUAUUAAUAUGCUACUUUUCAGUCUUUCUUCAGAACAAUAGGAAGGGCUUGUUAAUUUGUAAAUUUGCAAAUUCCAAGUUUGUAAAUUUGCAAAUCCCAAGUGACAACAGCCUUCCUUCCCUUGUCCCCAUCCUGUUAGAAACAAAGGGCUCCAGUCAGUGAGCUGGUGGCUCAGUUUUUUCACCAACACUUGACUCCACUAUUUCUUACACAAAAUCCCUAGUGACUCUCCACCAAAAUGUUACAGCUGAACACAAACACAGCCUCACAAAGCCUAGGAUCUUUCCUGCCCCCUUCAGCCUCUUCAGAAUCUAAUCUUCACAGCAGAAGUCCUUGCCAGCCACAGGUUCACAGAGAUGGACUGAGAAGAUGUUGAUUCCCAUCUGGAAUAUAUUUAAUGUUUGCAUGCCUGUGGAACACAGUAUUUAAAGUGUGUGGAUGGAUGAAUACUAAAAGAAAUUAUGCACAGGCUGUAUGAGAAACGAUGAGGUUCGUCUUUGAGUUUUUCUCUGGUGAGGAAUUUUAUUACCUUUUUAACAAUGAACUGUAGGUAGAAAUACACUUUUAUUCUGUUGUCAAGUACUCAUAAAAUGCAGCUAAACUGCAUGUUUGGCCAAAGGCUAGACUAAUAUUAACAGAAUGAAUGGAAGGUGGUAAUACAUGGGAUUUGUGAGAUGAUUCUGGAUAAUAUUUUCUAGCAAAAAAACACAAUAACCUAUAUUAUCUCAAUUUGCUGGAUCAGGUCAACUUAUACAAUAAUUUUCUAUCCUCAGAUUUUCAAAACUUGGAUCACUACAGUAGGACUAAAUAGGUACUCUAUAUGCCCAAAUCAACUUCUUUGAAGAUAAGACAUCAGAAGGCAGUGUUGUUCCUAAUGUAUCUUAAUUACUGAUAGAAGGCCAAAGCUUCACUGUCUAAACAGGACUUCUCAAAGCCUGACAGAAAAGCCUUUGGGAACAAGGAGUGGUAAAAAAAUUUGCUAGCCUAGCUAAGCCAAUUCAUGUUCCCUGGGAAAAAGGUCUUUGUACAUCUCCUCAGUUCUUUCUCAGAAAUGUUGACCUUUUGCUCCCCGAGAACUAGAACCUAGAAUAAGGGCUUAACAGAUUGCUUCUGCUGGUGGAAAGCAAGGGAAAUAAAACUCUCCUGUUCAAAACAGUGCAAGGGGAGGGGGAUACAUUUUAGUUGGAGAAAAUCCCUCCUCCCUUCCCAGUUCCAGAGAGAGAAAUUAGAAGCUUUCCCAUGCCAGAGCCAAUGGGGGUUCGGAGGGAGUGCUAUCUGUUCGCUCCUUCUUUAUUUAUUCUAACACCUGCCACAGAAUGAAUUGGCCAACUAAAGCCAUUUCUACCAUAUAAACUCAGGUUCACAGUCAGGUAGGAAUUCCUGUCUUGGUGCAACGGAAACGAAUCUGACUAGGAACCGUGAGGUUGAGGGCUUGAUCCCUGGCCUUGCUCAGUGGGUUAAGGAUCUGGCCCAGUGUUGCCAUGAGCUGUCAUGUAGGUCACAGACACAGCUUGGAUCUGAUGUUGCUGUGGCUGUGGUGUAGGCUGGCAGCUGUAGCUCCGAUUGGACCCUUGGCCUAGGAACAUCCAUAUGCUGCAGGUACGUCCCUAAAAAGCAAACAAAACAAAACACAUAGUCAAUCAGGUAAAUAACAAAUGCACAUUGGUGUACCAGGGGCGGGGCAAGGGGGGGGGGGUUGGGGAUUACCCCACCAGAUACCGGGUGAAGUGUACCUUGGUCCUGGCCAUGCUCCCUUUCCUGUUCAUACUACCAGCCUUGUGAGGCCUGUUUCCAAGCCUGCAGAGGAAGACAUUCUUGGUGACUAGGGGCCAAGCACCUCCUUGGAUUAAUAGCCCAUUCCUCCUCACCCUUUGGGUGUCACUCCCUCUCCCUCUCUGCCCCCACUCCAGCCUGUCACAGAGAGAGCAGCCGCACUGUGUAACCUUAACAUCUUUCAGAUAAUCUUUCCUGAAAAGGAAAUUUAUUUGAAGGAAUCCAAGCCAAACCAAUAGAAUAAAGCCAUCUAAAGUUAUUAAUAAUUCAGGGAAAUGGAUGAAAAUUUUCCUGGCACAGCCAGCAUGUAGGUUUCACAACAAAUCAAAAGACAAUUUUCCAUUAGAUGCUAAAAAAAAAAAAAAAAAAAAAAAAAAAAACAUGACCAUAAUUAUUAAAACAUAAAAUCUUGGACCUCACAUGCUCCUGCAAUAAAUAUUACUGAUUACUGUUUUAGGGAAAUUAUAGAAAAAAGACCUUUUAGACAUCCCCCAGGGACCUCAGCAUUUGUUGUAAGACUCCCCCCCCCCAAAAGGAAGCACGUGGGGAAUUCAUGUGUGUUGUGACUCUGUUGUUAUUCCUUUUGACCAGCCAUAUACUUCAGUAGCUGUGUUCAUUAUUUACAGCAGGCCCGUAUAACAGCUGAGCUACUAUUCAGUUAUGGAUGUGAUAUUAUGAAGUAUUUUGAUAAGAUUAUAUAUAUGCUUAAUAACAAAGUUAUUUUUC